AUGGCAAAUGUUAAACUCAUCUGGGGUGGAGCCUCUAUCAUGGAUAACAUCGCACUUCCCGAAGUUGACGCCUUGAACGAGUUCCUGGACAUCUUACAAGCCAGAGGUGUAACGAACAUUGACACAGCCAGAGUCUACGCUAACUCCGAAGAGCGACUGGGAGCUCACGCGGAUUCACGUUUCGCUAUUGAUUCCAAGUAUCCUGGUGGGGUUAGCCAGGAGCCAUCUACCCCAGAGUCUCUGGUGUCCAUCCUGCAACAGAGUUUGGACCUUCUUCAAACGGAUCAACUCGACAUAUACUACAUCCACGCUCCAGAUCGGAGAAUCUCUUUUGAGGAUCUGGAGGCUCUGCUGGCUGCUAUCAACACACAGUUCCAGGCUGGGAAGUUCAAGCGCUUUGGUCUAUCCAACUUCUUGGCCAAUGAAAUCGAAGAAGUCAUUCGCAUUACCCGCGGAAACGACUGGGUUACACCCGCUGUCUAUCAAGGCAAUUACUCCACCAUUGCACGCCGAACAGAAGAUGAAAUCCUUCCAACUCUGCGCAAGCACAAUAUCAGUUUCUAUGCCUAUUCACCUAUUGCAAGGGGCUUCCUGGCCAAGGACGCCGAGGAAUUCGUCGCGGGGAAAAGUCGAUGGGACACGACCACGUUCACUGGCAGGCUGUACGAUUCACUGUACAACAAACCACGUAUGCUGGAGAGCCUGAAGCUUUGGGGAACCAUAUCACAGAAGUCAGAAAUUCCCAAGGCCGAGCUCGCAUACCGGUGGGUGGUGUACCACUCUGCUCUGAAGGGAGAGCUUAGAGAUGGUCUGGUUUUCGGCUCGCGCAAUCUUGAGCAGCUGAAACAGACCCUCGAUGGUAUUGAUAAUGGACCUUUGAGCGCGGAUGUUGUGUCGCAAAUUGAGGAUGUGUGGAAGCUUGUUGAGGCUGAUGCACCUUUGGACAACUGGAACAGCUCAACUAAAUCUUAG